GCACGGAGCCGCUUUAUCUGCUUUGCUUCCCCUAUUUCUACCUACUUUCUGCUCUCUCCGGGAAAUGUGCCAGUGAUCGGUGGCCAUUUAAACGCUGCACGCUUUUAACCAUUAAGCAAUUGCCCCCCGCGUUUCAAGAUGCCCCGGGGGCCCCUGACCGGGCUGCUCCUGACCCUGUGUGUGAGCGCAGCGGUACAAGCCGCCCCAUCCGAGAGGACCAAGAGCCGCAGACAGGCACAGCAAGCAGUGCAACCUGUGAUCGCUGCAGAUCCCUCUCAGAGAGGCUGCUUUGACAAUGGAAAAACCUAUAAUAUUGGGCAGCAAUGGGAAAGGAUUUAUUUGGGCAAUACACUGGUCUGUACCUGCUAUGGUGGAAUCAGAGGCUUCAACUGUGAAAGUAAACCUGAGGCUGAAGAAACAUGUUUUGACAAGUACACGGGCGCCACUUAUCGGGUUGGGGAAACUUACGAGCGACCUAAAGAUGGCAUGAUCUGGGACUGUACCUGCGUUGGAGCUGGAAGAGGACGCAUCAGCUGCACCAUCGCAAAUCGCUGCCAUGAGGGUGGACAAUCCUAUAAGAUUGGUGACACUUGGCGUAGGCCCCAUGAAACUGGCGGUUAUAUGUUGGAGUGUGUAUGCCUUGGUAAUAGCAAAGGAGAAUGGACCUGCAAGCCUGUGGCGGAGAGAUGUUAUGAUAACACAGCUGGUACAUCCUAUGUGGUUGGACAAACCUGGGAAAAGCCUUACCAGGGAUGGAUGAUGGUGGAUUGUACAUGUCUGGGAGAAGGCAGUGGACGCAUCACAUGUACAUCUAGAAACCGCUGUAAUGACCAGGACACGAGGACCUCUUACCGGAUUGGAGAUACCUGGAGCAAGACUGAUGCCAGAGGGAACUUGCUGCAGUGUAUCUGUACAGGGAAUGGGCGUGGCGAGUGGAAGUGUGAGAGGCAUUCUUCUGCAAGUGAAGUUGGCCUUGGAACUGGUGCACAAAUAAAUAUCUACCCGGCUGCAAGAGAUAUUGAGCACUGUGUGGCUGACAGUUCAGUCCUCUAUACCGUUGGCAUGAAAUGGCUGAAAAGUCAGGGAAGUCAGCAAAUGCUCUGCACCUGUCUGGGCAAUGGAGUCAGCUGUGAGGAAAGUGUUGCAGUCGGGACUUAUGGGGGCAAUUCCAACAGUGACCCAUGCGUCUUCCCUUUCAUCCAUGAUGGCAAAACCUACUACUUUUGUACAACAGAGGGUCGCCAAGAUGGAAAACUCUGGUGCUCAACCACCACCAACUAUGAUGAGGAAAAGAAGUAUUCUUUCUGUACUGAGCAGCAUGCACUGGUUCAGACACGGGGUGGUAAUUCCAAUGGAGCUCUCUGCCACUUCCCAUUCUUGUAUAACAACCGUAAUUACACAGACUGCACAUCAGAGGGCCGCCGUGACAAUAUGAAGUGGUGCGGCACUACCUUGAACUAUGAUGUGGACCAGAAAUUUGGCUUCUGUCCCAUGGCAGCUCAGGAAGAAAUUUGCACAACAAAUGAGGGUGUCAUGUACCGUGUUGGUGAUCAGUGGGACAAAACGCAUGAUCAAGGUCACAUGAUGAGGUGUACUUGUGUUGGCAAUGGCCGUGGUGAAUGGAACUGCAUUGCCUAUUCCCAGCUCAAGGAUCAGUGCAUCGUGGAUGGCGUUACUUAUGAUAUAAAUCACUCUUUCAACAAAUAUCAUGAGGAGGGGCACUUGAUGAACUGCACAUGCUUUGGCCAGGGACGUGGCAGAUGGAAGUGUGAUGCUGUGGAUCAGUGCCAGGAAACUGAAUCACAAAAAUUCUUCCAAAUUGGUGACUCCUGGGAGAAGGUUGCAAAUGGUGUUAGUUACCAGUGUUACUGCUAUGGAAAAGGGAUUGGCGAAUGGCACUGCCAACCUCGUUCCUACCCAGCUGGAUCUGGACCCGUCCAGGUAAUCAUCACUGAAAAUGCUAACCACCCUAAUUCGCACCCCAUUCAAUGGACCGCACCUCAGCAGUCGCACAUCAAGCAAUACGUCCUCCUCUGGAAACCUAAAAACAAGCAAGUUGUUUGGAAAAAAGCCACCAUUCCAGGACAUCUGAAUUCAUAUACAAUUUCUGGUCUGAAGCCUGGAGUAAUAUAUGAGGGACAGCUUGUAAGUGUCUUACAGUAUGGACAGAAGGAAGUCACCCGAUUUGAGUUCACAACCACCUCCACCACCUUGGGAAGUCCAACUCAGUCUGGGGAAUCUAGACCUCUUCCAGCAAUAGUGGUCACUUCAGAGUCUGUAACAGAGAUCACUUCACACAGUUUUGUGGUGUCUUGGGUCUCUGCUUCUGAUACGGUCUCUGGAUUCCGUGUGGAAUAUGAGCUCAGCGAGGAGGGAGAGGAAAAGCGUUACUUGGAUUUCCCCAACACUGCUUCUUCUGUCAGUAUCCCAGACCUUCUGCCGGGCCGUAAAUAUAUUGUUAAUGUGUAUGAGAUCAGUGAGGAGGGAGGAAAGAGCUUAAUCUUGUCCACUUCUCAGACAACUGCACCCGACAGCCCUCCAGAAUACAAUAUUGAACACGUUGAUGAUACAUCAAUUAUGAUCAGCUGGACCAAACCUCAAGCUCCUAUUACCGGCUACAGAGUUGUCUAUACUCCAACUAUGGAAGGAGCCAGUACAGAACUUAUCCUCCCAGACACUGCUACUUCAGUGACCCUCACUGACCUUUACCCAGGUGUUGAAUACAACAUAACAAUCUAUGCAGUAGAAGACAGUCAGGAAAGUACUCCAAUUACCAUCCAGAAGGAAACCACUGGAACCCCACAACAAGUGACUGUUCCAUCACCCACCGAUCUGCAACUGCUUGAUGCAACUGACAUGAAGAUAACCAUUUCAUGGAACGCUCCAGCAAGUGAAGUGUCUGGAUACCGUGUUGUAGUGACGCCGGUUAGGCCAACAGGCCUUGACACUCAAAACCUGCCAGUGAGCCGAAGCACCUUUGCAGAGGUUGUUAACUUGCGCCCUGGUACCACCUACAGAUUUGAAGUCUAUGCAGUCAGCCGCGGACAAGAGAGCCAGCCUCUUGUAGGAGAUUUCUCAACCAAGUUGGAUUCUCCCACUGAUUUAAAGUUUGAAGACUUGACGGAGUCUUCAGUCCUUAUUGUAUGGACACCUUCGCGAGCCAAGAUCGAUCGCUAUGUUCUUUCACUGUCUCAGACCCGUGGUGGUCAACCUCACCAGUUCGAUGUACCUACCACUACAACAAGCUAUAAACUGAAGAGUCUGCAGCCUGGAACAGAGUAUACAGUUUCUCUGGUUGCACUGAAAGGAAGUCAGCAGAGUCAGCCUUCUACAGAAAUCUUUUCAACAUUGGAGCCUGUUGGAUCUAUUCCUCCAUAUAACACAGAAGUUACUGAGACCACCAUAAUUAUUACAUGGACCCCUGUGCCAAGAAUCGGAUUUAAGUUGGAUGUACGUCCCAGCCAAGGUGGUGAAGCACCCAGAGAUGUUGUCUCAGAGUCUGGCAGUAUUGUGAUCUCUGGCCUUACACCAGGUGUUGAGUAUACCUACAGCAUCUCUGUUCUCAAGGAUGGUGAAGAGAGCGAAUCCCCCAUCACCAAGACAGUUGUAACUCCAAUUUCACCACCAACCAACCUUCGUUUCCUGCCAAGAUCAGAUUCUAUCACUCUGACCAUCUACUGGGAUAGAAGUACCUCUCCAGGAAUUACUGGGUACAGGAUAACCUCCUCUCCCACGGAAAGGCAGCUUGGAUAUCCAACAGAAGAUGAUGUUGAUGCAAGCCAAUCCUCCUUUGUUUUUGAGAACCUUAGUCCUGGUGUGGAAUAUAAUAUCAGUGUCUAUGCAGUUAAAGGAGAUGAGGAAAGUGUCCCUCUCUCCAAAAUAAUCACUCAAGAGAUCCCCCAGCUCACUGACCUAAAGUUUGUCGAUGUAACCGAUACAAGUAUUGACCUGAGAUGGACACCCCUUAACUCCUCCACCAUUAUCGGCUACCGAAUCACGGUGGUUGCUGCAGGAGAGUCUGUCCCAGUCUACGAGGAGUUUGUGCAUCCUUCACAGGGGUAUUACAAGGUCUCAGGACUGGAGCCCGGCAUUGAUUAUGAGAUCAGCGUGAUAACACUCAUUAACGGCGGAGAGAGCACCCCGACCACAAUCAUACAACAAACGGCUGUUCCACCCCCAACAGACUUGCGCUUCACUAAUACUGGUCCUGACACAAUGCGUGUCACUUGGUCUCCACCAACUUCCAUUGAGCUGUCCAACUUCCUUGUACGCUUUUUCCCUGUCAAGAGACCGGAGGAUGUUACUGAAUUAUCCAUCUCUCAAACUGAUAACAUGGUUGUGCUAACAAAUCUUCUUCCAUUCACUGACUAUCAGGUCAAUGUUCAUUCAGUUUAUGAAGAAAGGGAGAGUGCUGGACUGCCAGGCAAACAAAGAACAACACUUGAUUCACCAAGUGGUAUUGACUUUUCUGAAAUCACCACAAACUCCUUUACUGUGCACUGGAAUGCCCCCCGUGCUACCAUCACUGGGUAUAAAGUUCGCUACCAGCUGGAAAAUAGUAAUAUGCGUCCCAAAGAAGAGAAAAUUCCUCCAUCACGAAACUCUGUCACUCUUACCAACCUUAUCCCAGGCUCUGAAUAUGUUGUCAGUAUUAUUGCGGUCAGUAGUGGCCAGGAGAGCUUGCCACUUGUAGGCCAACAAGCUACAGUGUCUGAUGUUCCAACUGAUCUACAAGCAACAUCUACUUCUCCCAAUACAAUUACAAUUGCUUGGGAUGCACCUGCAGUCAAUGUACGAUACUAUAGGAUUACUUCCUCAGAGACUGGAGGCCAAGGUCCAGCUCAGGAAUUCACAGUGCCUGGCACUUUCAACACUGCAACUAUCAGAGAUUUGAAACCAGGCGUAAGCUACACUAUUACAGUGUAUGCUGUCACUGGCCGAGGGGACAGUCCUGCCACAAGCAAGCCAAUUACCUUUGUUCAUUCAACAGCUGUUGAUCAACCAACAGAGAUGCAAGUGACUGAUGUCCAAGAUCAAAGCAUUCAUGUUAGAUGGACACCAUCUGCUAGCCCAGUUACUGGUUAUAGGGUUACUAGUGUACCCAAAGGUGGUCAUGGAGAAACCAUUUCCAAAGUUUUACCAUCAGAUAAAACGGAAAUGACAAUUGUGGGGCUUCAACCAACUGUUGAGUAUGUGGUGAGCGUGUAUGCCCUGGGUGUUAGCGGAGAGAGUGAGCCUCUAGUUGAAACAGCUGUCACAAACAUUGAUCAACCCAAGGGACUGGCAUUUCCAGAAGUGAAUCUUGAUUCAAUUAGACUAUCCUGGGAAAUCCCAGAAGGACAGGUUACAGGUUACCGAGUGACCUACUCAAGCCCUGAGGAUGGAGUCAGAGAGUUGUUUCCAGCUCCAGAAGGAGAUGACGACACUGCUGAAUUGCACGGUCUCAGGCCGGGCACAGAGUACACUGUAAGCAUCGUGGCAUUGCACGAUGACAAGGAAAGCAAGCCUGUGAUUGGAAUCCAGCAUACAGCCAUUCCUGCCCCAACAAAUCUUCAGUUUUCCCAAGUGAAUCCAACGGGCCUUACUCUCAGCUGGCAUGCACCUAAUCUCCAGCUCAGUGGAUACAGAGUACGUGUGAACCCCAAGGAGAAAACUGGACCAAUGAAAGAGAUGGAUCUGUCGCCUGGUACGACUGCAACCACUAUUACUGGUCUAAUGGUUGCAACCAAGUAUGAAGUUAAUGUGUAUGCUGUGAAGGAUGGUCUGAUGAGUCCACCACUACAAGGCAUCAUCUCAACACUGGAAAAUGUUAGCCCCCCUCGCCGUCCACGUGUCACAGAUGUUACAGAAACAACUGUCACCAUUACCUGGCGCACAAAGACGGAGACCAUCACUGGCUUCCUGAUUGAGGCUCUUCCUGCUGGUGGCCAGACUCCCAUUCAGAGAGUGAUUAAACCAGAUGUGAGAACCUUCACUGUCACAGGUCUUCAGCCCGGAACAGAAUACAAGAUCUCUCUGUACACUUUAAAUGACAAUGCCCGCAGCUCCCCUGUCACACUGGAUGUGUCAACAGCUGUUGACAGUCCUUCCAACUUGCGAUUCCUGACCAGCACACCCAACUCCCUGCUCUUCUCCUGGCAGCCUCCUCGCUCUCGCAUCACAGGUUACAUCAUUAAGUAUGAACGGGUAGGAGGAGUACCUAAGGAACAUCUGCCCCGCCUUCCAGCAGGGACUACUGAGGCUACCUUAACCAACCUAGAGCCUGGUGUGGAAUAUGUAAUUUAUGUCAUUGCUGUGAGGAAUAACCAGAAGAGUGAGCCUUUGACUGGUCGCAAGAAGACAGAUGAGAUUCCCCAACUGGUAACAUUCCCUCACCCCAUCCCUGGCCCUGAAAUCCUUGAUGUUCCCUCGGAAAUAGAGAAAACGCCUUUCAUCACUGAGACAACAUUUGAGAAUGGUAAUGGUAUUAAACUUCCAGGCUCUAUUGGACAGCAAAGCACUGGCCAUGAAGGACAAUUUGUUGAAGAAUACUUUAGAAGCCCCGUUUUGCCCACAACUGCUGCACCUGUGAAGCCUGGGCAAUUUACUCCCGGUCAUGUUGUUACAGUGGAUACCAGUUUUCAUGAGCCCAUCUAUGAUCAUGAGCCCAAAGGAGAUUUCGACGGGCCUUAUACCCAUGGCUUUGGGCCACAAAUCAAUGAUACUGGUAUACAAGAAGUGGCAUCUCAAACUACCAUUUCAUGGAGGCCCCUUUUGGAGACCACCGAAUACAUCAUCUCGUGCCAUCCUGUGGGUCAUGAGGAAGCCCCUCUUGAGUUUAGGGUCCCUGGCACCUCUACCAGUGCUACUCUUAAUGGCCUUACCCGUGGAGCCACAUACAAUAUCAUUGUGGAGGCCUUGAAAGGAAUUAAUAGACACAAGAUCCUAGAGGAACUGGUCACAGUCAGCAAUACUGUCCUUCCUGACGGGGCUCUACAGCCAGUUGAGGACACCUGUUAUGACACCUUCACUGGAGCACAUUAUACAGUUGGACAGGAAUGGGAGCGUAUGUCAGAGUCUGGAUUUAAACUUUGGUGCAAGUGUCUAGGAUAUGGCAGUGGGCACUUUAAAUGUGACUCAUCGAAAUGGUGCCAUGACAGUGGAGUUAACCAUAGAAUUGGUGAGAAGUGGGAUCGCCAGGGAGAGAAUGGGCAGAUGAUGAGCUGCACUUGUCUUGGAAAUGGAAAGGGAGAGUUCAAGUGUGAACCACAUGAGGCUACAUGCUAUGAUGAAGGAAAACUGUACAAUGUUGGGGAGCAAUGGCAGAAGGAGUACCUGGGAGCCAUCUGUUCAUGCACAUGCUAUGGGGGACAACAGGGUUGGCGCUGUGAUAACUGCCGAAGGCCAGGAUCUGCUGUUACUCCAGAUGCCACCGGACACACAGUUUCCCAGUACACUCAGAGAUUUCAGGCAAACUUUGUAAGUAAUGUAAAAUGUCCUAUUGAGUGCUUCCUUCCCUUGGGCCUACAAGCAGAUUCACAUCAUACUGAACAGACCAAGAACUAAUUGUCAAGGGAGCAGAGCAUGUAGGGUUAACUUAAAGUGGGAGGAGGGUGGAGGCCUCCUGACUGGCAGAUGAGCAAUAAUGCUUCAACAUUCAUCUGAAGUACGUCAUGCCAUUCAGUAUUUAAUGAUUGUAAUUUUUUAUUUUGCUUCAAUUGUUCUGGGAAACAAAAGGGAAAAGUUGUGUUUUUGUGUGUUUUUUAACUGGCAAAAUGCAGCCUUUUAGGAGUAAACCUUGUGUGAAUGUGUUCCUGGAUGGGUUUUGCAGUUUAUCUCCAAACUGGUUAAUGAACUGCGGGGGUUUUGGCAUCCCUGGGAUUAAUAUAGAGGCCGAAUGCCGUCGGGACCAAUUGCGCUAUAUUAUAUUACCAAUGCAGCACUGAACGUGCUGCUUCUGGCACAAAUGUCUUUACUGUAUGCACAAUUUUAAUUCUUUUUUUCCGCACAAUCCUUACUAAUACAUGACCUUCCUUCAGUGUUAUUUAUCAAUUUCUGCUGCAUCUUCAGAAGAUUCCUUCUACUUUACAAUGGAAAAGUAAAUUCUGAAAUCUAGCAAAUGAUGGUUGUUGAAUCUGAUGUAAUUAUGGUUGGUGAUUUUUAUUUUUUUUAUACUGUAUGUGCUGUGGAAAG